CACACUCCAUAUCUUCUUCUUUCUACUCUUUAAUAAAAUCUCUUCUCCACUAGAGCUUUAGGAAACAUCUCUCACCUCAAAUUCAUCGUUUCAAUUCAAAUUUCUAGUUGAAGCUUUGUUUGACACCUUCAAUGGAAUAUCAAAUCUCUCGAUACUCAACUACGGCAGUGGAAGUAGAUAUAGAUGUUCCGAAGUGGACAAAAAUCCCGAAGCAUCCAUCACCAAUCGAACUAAUUGGCUUGCUCUUCACCCUACGUCGUCGUUGCAACCGCUUUCAGGUGCUGGAGAACGGUGAACGACAAUUAGUAGAGGAACAAGAGAUAUCAAAAGUUCCUCUAUGCGACCACCAAUUCCCUGUUGAAAUAUUUAAUGGAGACAGCAGUUCUCUAUUCCAAUACCUCUGUUGUAGCUUCGAAAACUACGAAUCUAAAAUUGAUGCAGAGGUGGUAGCAAGUGUCCUAAUCGAGCAGUGGAUUGAAAUAAGGAACCAAGUGAAUUCGAGAAGCCGAGAUAAAGUAUUUUCAAUGACGGUGAAUUUGACAAUCACAGAUGUUGUGCUUCAAUAUGUUGUUGGCGAAGACGGCAGCACAUUUGGUGGAGAAGAUCAUAGAGUGGUUCCAGCAUGCGACAAAGCUCUUAAGAAGAUGUUGAAGAGAUUGGAAAUGAGAGAGGAAGAUGAAAGAGUUUGUGUGAUAUGUUUGGAUGAAGUUGGGAAAAAGAAGAAUGGAAGGAUUGGUUUGGAAAUGCCUUGUUUACAUGUGUUUCAUGGGAAAUGCAUUGAAAAUUGGUUCAAAAAUAGCCAUUGUUGUCCAAUUUGUAGAUUUGAAAUGCCAAUCAGUUCAGACUUAGAUGAAGAUUCUUGAGAAUUUUAGUGAAAGAACAGAUAUAAUCUUGUUUUUCUGAAAUUCUUUUGUUAUUUUUUCCCCUCAUUUAUUAAAUUAGGAUUUUUGUU